AUGCACGUAGGAAUGCGCCACGGUCACUUGUUGAGAAAAUCUCUACAAGUUGCUCGCCUACUAGCUUGUCAGUCCGGUUACUCCUACUUGCGUGUUGCCAUCGCUUCAGAGUCUCGAGGGCUUGUCUUCGAGGUCUUGUUCUUGGGGUCCACGGGGCGCGAGGGGGAUGUGGUGGCCAAUGAACUCCCAACUUGCUCACCAGCGCGAACCACCCCUUCUUACCAUACUCUACCAUGA